UUCCCGGUUCACCGUAUCAUUCUCAUUCUGAAAUGACGGUGUCAUUAGCACGAAGUGUACAGUUUAUGACUAGUUUGAAUCUAGUAUGACUAAGUCGGACACCGCGCCGCAAUGCGGAUGAAUACUACGUACCAACCGGAAUAAAAGUAAAUUCCUAUAUCGUUAACGGUUAUUAAUCAUAGUUUAUUACUGGAACUUUUGUGGGUGGUUUUUCUGGGGGAAAAUCGUGUGAAAUACGUAGUUGUUGUGAUACUACUGUAAUUGGCAGCCUACGUUUUUUUUAUUCAUUUAAAAGUUCACUCGUCAAACUAUAAUGCCGAGGACUGAGAGUAUUGGAACAUGCUUCGUGAAAUUCGUGAACCAUUGAAAUUCAGUAGUGACAAAAUGAACGAUGAAUUAAGUGAUGUUGAAAUGUAUCAAAUUAGUUGUUUCGACUUGAAACGGCCUGAAAAUUCACACCAAGAGUAUAAUACGGAAUCUGUACUCAAAUAUCUAUCUUCCAAAGAAGAUCUGAUCGGGUACGAUAGCGAAGAGGAAUUGAUUUUCUACCCCCAAUUGCAUGGAAUGUGUGAUCGUCAUCCAUCCGAAUGCAAUUGUUUAUCCGGAGAAAAUCCUGAUGUAGUUAAAAAAAUCAAAGACUACAUCAAACGCGUUACUGGGCCGAAUAAGAGGCAUCCAAUUUUGAAUUUUGCCUAUGAAUAUAAUUUCGUCGAAAUCUACUUGGAUAAUCUCCAUUUAGAAGAUAAAGUACCUGAGGAAAUUUUCUUAUGCAAGAAUUUAAAAUUGCUCUCACUGAAGGGUAAUAACCUGGAAAGGCUUUCUGCUAGUGUCGGUGGUUUAAAAAACUUGGAAACUUUGUACUUAUCGAAUAAUAAUUUAACGGAUGAUUCUAUUCCGAAUACAUUGAGUUUCUGCGAAAAAUUACGAACUCUGUACCUGGAUAAUAAUCGAAUUCUAAGAUUGCCUGGAUUUUUAUUAAAAAUGAAAUAUUUGUGGAUAUUGAAACGAGAUGGUAUCGAUGUAACUUCGCGAAUAACAAUGAAUGUUAUUAAAAACUUAAACAGAAUUGAAAAAAUACAACCAGUGGAUGAAUUAGAAUCAAAAUCUCGUUCUGGUCGAAUCAGCACUUUGCAGAAGUUAGCAUCUCAUGUAAUACUCGCAGAUAAAGUGAAUCCAUUUUUACUCAAAAAAUCUCGACGAGACAUCAUCUUGCGAUACUAUUGGGAUUGUCCAACCUGUGAUAUGUGUAAUACGACGAAAUUCCAAGAUUCUGGAUAUUAUGUUCAUACCUAUUUGUACGGUUACUUGGGCGAUUACCUAUCAAUUUUCACCAACAAAACGUGCAGUAUAUCUUGCGCCGAAAAAAUACCCGAGCCGAAGAAUAAUGAUCGAUUAGCUUUCAUGAAUCGUUUUUCAAAUGUAAUGAUUAGAAGUUACUGUUCCAAAUUGAACUUGGUACAAUCGGUUGAUGCAAAUGAAAAAGAAAAUCCUGUAAAAACGAAAAAGAAAUUUCCCUGUAUAAAAUGUUGUGCCAUAAUGUAAGCAAUCCCUAUUUAGGUUUACACUACGACAAUUAAUGUUUUUUAUUCAGUUUAUUGGUCAGUUUGAAUUAGUAUGACGUAUUAUAGCAAUAAAUAAAAUCCCAUAUACUA